AUGGGCCGAAAUGGACAGUCUGUUCAAGACCAAAAAAUCACACGUAACUCUCAGCCGGUGUACGCGACGAGGGCUGAAAUGGAACGCGCUGUUGACGAGCUUCGAAACCUUCUCGGAGAGGACAGCAUCAGCACAGAAGAUGAGAUUCUAAAGGCUCAUGGAUAUUCAGAAUGGUCUAGUAUCAACAUCGACAGUCUGCCGGUAGCAGUGGUUUUUCCAACUUCAACAGAGCAAGUGUCAGUAAUUGCUAAAAUCUGCACCAAAUACCGCGUUCCAAUGAUCCCUUAUUCUGGCGGAUCCAGUGUGGAAGGCCAUUUCUCAGCUCCCUUUGGGGGAAUCAGUAUCGACUUUAUGGAAAUGAACAAGAUAUUGGAGUUUCAAAGAGAAGACAUGAAUAUUCAAGUCCAGCCCUCCGUGCCUUGGGCCGAGUUGAACGAAAAGAUCAAGGACAGUGGCCUUUUCUUCCCCAUGGACCCAGGACCGUCGGCGCAAAUUGGGGGCAUGGUAGGAACAAAUUGCAGUGGAACAAAUGCUGUGCGGUAUGGCACCAUGAAAGACUGGGUGGUUAACCUCACAGUUGUGUUGAGUGAUGGAACGAUUCUCAAAACCCGUAGAAGACCUAGGCAAUCCUCUGCAGGCUACAAUCUCAAUUCGCUCUUCGUCGGCUCUGAAGGGACGUUAGGGUUGGUUACGGAAGCAACCCUGAAACUCGCCACCAUUCCUGAAGAAAACGGAGUAGCAGUCAUCGCCUUCCAGACGAUCAAGGAUGCUGCCAGCAUGGCCGUUGAUGUCAUUCACAAGGGCAUCAUGGUGGGUGCAGUGGAGAUUUUGGAUGACGUCCAGAUGAACGUCAUCAACCGAGCAGGUGCCACAGGGAGGAAGUGGACCGAAAAACCGACGCUGUUUUUCAAAUUCAGUGGCACAAAAGCCGGCGUAGCAGACAAUAUUCACCAAGUGCAGCAAAUCGCAAAGGGAUAUGACAUUGUGGACUUCCAGUUUGAGAAUGAUCCAGAAAAGCAGAAACGCCUCUGGUCUGCAAGAAAAGAAGCACUCUGGAGUAUGCUUGCGCUUAGAGAGUCCGGCGGCGAAGCAUGGUCGACAGAUGUCGCUGUGCCACUGUCCCGAGUUGCCGAACUAAUUGAAAUGUCAAAAAUAGAUCUUGAUGGACUCGGACUGUUUGGAAGUAUUCUUGGACACGUUGGCGAUGGAAACUUCCACGAAACCAUAUUAUUCGAUGGCGCGAAAGAGCGCGCCAGUGUUGAGAAGUGUGUCCACAAGAUGGUGGAUCGAGCUCUUGAGAUGGAGGGAACAUGCACAGGUGAACAUGGUGUUGGCCUUGGAAAGAAGGACUGCCUUCAGAAGGAACUGGGAGACGCACCCAUCCAAGUCAUGAGGGCUAUCAAGAAGAGUCUAGACCCGCACUGGUUGAUGAAUCCAGGCAAGAUCUUCGACCCGGAGGUUAAAUCGUCGUGA